CUUAUCGAUGUUCUCCUGCCUAGUAGUGACAGGGAGGAUAUCUCAGAUGCGGUAGUUUGGGCUGACGCAAUAAGGCCCGACUUUCUAUUUACUAGGCCGUGGCAUUUUAUUAAUUGUGGUAGUGCCGGAUGUAUAGUAUCCGCUAUUCAAAACAUAAUCGCGGAGGAAACGAGAUCUAUAUAUGCUUCGACAGUCGGUGUGGUAGAGAGGAGAACCUCCUAUAGUAUCUCGGAUACAGACAUUCCUUAUAAAAUUAACGGCUUAAAGUAUAAUCUAAAAUAUAACGAGGAAAAAGAGCCGGCUGCAAGGGAGACGAACAGACUGAAUUGUGAUUACGUCCUGAAAAAUGGCGUUAACUGGCUCGAAGACAAUAACCUUGGUGGUGACUAUUACGUUAGCUCGGCUCCUAUUGUGAAUAAACAGAUCUACAAAGCUGGAGUCCGCUUAGCUACUUAG